CCCUGUCUCAAAUCACUGGAACUUUCCAACAUCAAACAAACAAAAAAUAAAUUGUGUAUUUCACUGAAUGGGGCCGCAAAUAUGCGGAAGGUCGAUUUGAAUUUUGACAGAAGCGAAAGUGAAACCAUUUUCUUACUAUCAAAUAACUUUCUGUUUUGACAGAGGACGCCAAAGACCAAUAAUCUCCGAAUUCAGGAAUAUGGCACAGACUGAUAUCGACGAGAGUUUAUAUUCUCGACAAUUGUAUGUGAUUGACCAUGAUUCCAUGCGUCGCAUGGGAAAGGCAGAUGUUCUCAUUGCUGGAAUGAGAGGUCUUGGUGUGGAGAUUGCCAAGAAUGUGAUUUUGGCAGGGGUCCGGUCGGUCACCAUCCAGGAUGAAGGUGUGGUAGAGUGGAGAGAUCUGUCUUCUCAGUUUUACCUGAAGGAAAGUGAUCUGGGUCAAAACAGAGCAUUGUGUUCUGAGAAACAGCUGUCUAGUCUGAACGUCUACGUCCGAGUGACGGCACACACUGACAAACUCAAUGAAGGGCUCCUCCAGCAGUUCCAGGUGGUGGUGCUCACAGAUUCCUCUUUAGAAGAGCAGCUACGCUUGGCAACGUUUUGCAGUGCAAACAAUAUCAAGUUUAUUGUGGCUGAUACCAGAGGACUUUGUGGGCAGUUGUUCUGUGAUUUUGGCGAUUCGUUUGAGGUUAGAGAUACAGAUGGUGACGCUCCAGUUUCAGCCAUGAUUUCUCAUAUCAGCAAGGAGAAUCCAGGCAUUGUGACCUGCACUGAUGAGGAUAGCUACGAGUUUACUGAUGGCAUGUUUGUGACAUUCUCUGGAAUUCAAGGCAUGGCAGAACUCAACGGCUGUGAACCGAUUGAGAUUAAAUUGAGAGAUAAAUACUCCUUCAGUAUCUGUGACACUUCAGGAUUUUCUGAGUAUGAGAGAAGCGGAGUGGCAACUGGGGUCAAACAGUCAACGAUCUUCAACUUUAAACCUUUGGAUGUGGCUCUAGAUGAAGUUUUUAGAGAUCCUACUCUUCUCGAGAUGACGGAUUAUGGCAAAACCGAAAGCCAUUUGUCUCUGCACCUGGCUUUCCUAGCCCUGCAUAAAUUCUCUGAGGAAAACAGCCGAACACCAAGCCCUAGAUCCCAGGCCGACGCUGAACUGCUGGUCAAUAUUGCAAAAGAGCUCAGCGUAACUAAAAGGUUCAGCGACCUGGAUGAAGAUGUUGUGAGAAAGUUAUCUAUGGUUGCCAGGGGCGACCUGGCUCCUCUCAAUGCGUUCAUUGGGGGUCUGGCUGCUCAGGAGGUCUUGAAGGCUUGCAGUGCUAAGUUCACCCCUCUCAGACAGUGGUUGUACUUUGAUGCACUGGAAUGUCUGCCUGAAGAUGAAGGUUUUCUGAUUGAAGAGGCCUGCGCACCUAGAGACUGUAGGUAUGAUGGACAGAUUGCUGUGUUUGGAUCUGCCUUUCAAGACAAACUGAAGAAGCAAAAGUAUUUUUUGGUUGGAGCUGGAGCAAUUGGUUGUGAGCUGUUGAAAAACUUUGCUCUGAUUGGUCUGGGUGCAGGAGAGGGCGGGAGCAUCACAGUUACUGACAUGGACUCCAUCGAGCGAUCAAAUCUGAAUCGGCAGUUUCUUUUUGGCUCUCAGGACAUCGGGAGGCUGAAGUCAGAGGCGGCGGCAGAAUCCUUUAGAAAGAUGAAUCCUUACAUGAAUAUCACUGCUCAUCAAAACCGCGUGGCUCCAGAAACCGAGCAGGUUUACACAUAUUCAUUUUACAGUCAGCUCGACGGGGUGGCAGCAGCGCUGGACAACGUUGAUGCCAGAGUGUAUCUCGACAAAUGUUGUGUGCGGAACAGUAAGCCCAUGCUGGAGGGAGGAACUCUGGGUAGCAAAGGCCACACAUUGGUAGUAGUGCCACAUCUGACCGAGUCUUACGGACCCUCAACAUCUGGAGGACAGAAGGCCAUUCCCCUAUGCACACUCAAAAAUUUCCCACACCGUAUAGAGCACACCCUACAGUGGGCCCGAGAUCAAUUUGAAGGCCUGUUCAAACACAAAGCUGAGAAUGUGAACCAGUAUCUCAGUGACCCAGCAUUUGUGGAGCGCACGGUCUCUCGUGGGGAUGUGGAGGCCGUGGAAGUGUUGGAAGGCGUCUAUGGGAAUCUCACUCAGGAACGGCCCCAGAACUGGACUGACUGUGUCAGCUGGGCACGCAGACGGUGGGAAACACUCUACAACAAUGACAUCAGACAACUGCUGCACUGCUUUCCUCCUGACCAGGUAACCAGCUCUGGUCUUCCAUUCUGGAUGGGUGCAAAGAGAUGUCCACAUCCUUUGACCUUUGACACCAACAAUGCCCCCCAUAUGGAUUUUAUUGUGGCAGCUGCCAAUUUAUACGGUCAGAUUUAUGGAAUCAAAGGCUCUAGAAAUCAUGCGGACGUUCAGAGCAUCCUGCAGGGUGCGAAAGUGCCAGAGUUUAUUCCUAAAUCUAGCUUAAAGAUCGCUGUGACCGACGAGGAGCUGAAAGAAGAUCAUGAGGCCAGAAUAGAUGAGGACGAGAUAAAGCUGGAGGUGUUGCAGGGCAAACUGUCGAAGCUUCAGCUGAGUGAUCCUAACUUCCGGAUGAAGCCACAGGAGUUUGAGAAGGAUGAUGAUGACAAUUUCCACAUGGACUACAUAGUCGCAGCGUCCAACCUUAGGGCAGAGAAUUAUGACAUACCGAUAGCCGACCGUCACAAAAGCAAGUUAAUUGCUGGCCGCAUCAUUCCAGCUAUCGCCACGACGACAGCUGCAAUCGCCGGACUGAUGUGUUUGGAGCUCUACAAGCUUGUCCAGGGUCACCAGCAAAUCAGUUCUUACCGCAAUUCAUACAUUAACCUGGCCACUCAAUAUUUUGUACUCUCACAGCCUUGUUCAGCUCCAACAUUUACAGUCGCAGGGAAGCAGUAUUCUCUCUGGGAGGACUUCCUGCUGCAGGGCCGACACGAGGGUCGAGAGGAAAUGACCUUGGAGGAACUGUUGAAACACAUUAAGGACAAGUAUAACUUGACCAUCACUGGAUUGUACUAUGGCCCGGCUGUAUUGUACAGCGACUCAAAUCAUGAGGCUCGCCUGAAGCUAAGCAUAUCUGAUUUGAUAAGCUCUGUAACCAAGAGUGAGAUUCCGGUUCAUGAGGAGAUGUUGGAGAUCAUUCCAUCGUUUGCUGAAGAUGAGGAUUGCUUGAAUGUCCCGCCCAUCAGAUACCUCCUUAGAUGAAGUCACCAAGACAGCCCUUCAUCACCAAAAUAACGACCAAACUCUGUCUGUCUUUACUAUUUUAAUGUUUGUGUGUUAUGAUAUAAGAUGUGAAUGCAAACCACUAUAAAUGGUUGUUAUAAAACAGGCCAUUAACUAUUUUAGGGACCUUUUAGGGAAGACAAAAUCUAGUGGAAACACCCUUGAUUUUAGAGAAUGUGUCUGAAAAUGAGUUGAAUUAGUUUUGUCAUUUUUACUUGAAAACAAAAUUAUUAGGAUGUUUUGCCAUGUUGAACCAUUGAACUUGAUUGAUUCUUUCAGGGGGCGUAAUUUCCACUGGGGACAGGGGGGACAUGUCCCCCCUGUCCCCAGUUCUCAAAAUCCAGUUUGUCCCCUCACUUCUCAAAAUCCAGUUUGUAUACCCCUCACUUUCAAAUUUGUUUGUAAUUAUUUUUUAACCACGUCGUUAUCGGCACGGAGAAGUACUAGGACCGAGCAGAACACCGAGAGUGUGAGUCUGUGUCUAUGCGUGCAUCGCGUGCUAAAAAUAGAUCACUGAAAGAUUGUUUUCAAUCACGUGGUUUUGAUUUGGUUUCUUGGUUUAAUCAAUUCAAAACAUAGGUAUUUUGAAUUUGUGAUAGGAUUCAAAUCAAAAACAUUUUGUGUCCCCCCCCACUUCUCAAACCAAAGUUACACCCUUGGAUUCUUUCAUAGCGUGUAAGUGGGAUAGGUGAUUCUGUCCUUUGGCGAUUUGUUUUAAAUAAAAAGAUCAUUGGAUUUUGUCUUUGUAUCUUCUGUAGCUUUACCCUGUGUACCCCCGGACCUUUGCUAUUUACCCAUGAGCGCUCUAUUGUCAUGUAUGAAGACCAAACAGAUCUAGAGACAGCUCAACUGAGUUUAGUUUGAGCUAAUUUUAUUGUACUGUAGCUGACCUAAUUACAUUACUUUUAACGAAUUACUUAUUAAACCGGGGGCUUUUUCUGACUAUUCAAUUUUGGGGACAAUUGUUAGCACUAAAAACCUGGAGAGGGUUUAAUUAUUGAAAUAAAUAAACUGCAUCUCAUCUGUCUGUUUCUCCAAACUACAUAUUUGCUUCUCAGCCAAAUAACUAUAGGGGAAGUUAAAUGCAAAAAGGUACACAGAUGAAAUAUUGUGUUCCUGUAGCUCAGCUGGUAGAGCAUUGCAUUAACAGCACACAAAGUUUGUGGUUUCGAGACCCAUGGAACAUGCAUAUUUUAAAAAAAUGUAGAUCUUGAAUGCACUGUAAGUCACUUUGCAUUAAAGUGUCUGCCAAAUGCAAAAAACAAAAUGUGAAAAAGAUGCAAAUAAAAACUUA